UGGACAACAACAGAAGGAGCGAAGCCGAGAUAGCGCGCAGCCUCCCCCCUUUGCCUCCCACCCUCGGUGACUGGGCGUUCGACGGAGGGACAAGUCCCCGGGCCGGGCUUCUUCUGGUUUGUUCCGGAGGGCCUAACAAGCUCUCCCGUGUGCGCCGCCGUCUUCUUCGCGGGAGGCCGCCCUUCAGAAAUCAAUGAAGCUGCGCUGCCGCCCGCAUUGUGGAUCCGACUCGCACGGCCCCCGACGCUGUCACAGCCGUUUGUAGCCUACCGUAGCAAGACCAACUCAUCCCUGCCGUUCUAGAGGUAAAGACCGUGCUGGCUCAAUGCAGUGGGUACACCUGCACCCACAUAUAUCUACCGCAGGUGUGUCGUGCCAAGACGGCGUGUAAACAGGGCUUCUCCGAUUGGCCACCACUCAACCUGACGUCAACAAGUAUCCACGGCUACAAAUUCAGCAGCCAGUAACCCCCCGCUUCCAUUUGGCAGCUGCGGCGGCGGAAGCAGCGGUCGCUGUACUACCUUCCCCUCGUGAAUUUUGCAGCGCAAGUCCGAGUGGAUCUCUCUUCUCUAGCAACUCACCGUGUUUGAAGCAACACAUGGUCCAUCCAUUUGGAAACAGCGGAUAAUGGGCCACCGCCGGCGACAACCAUCGAUGGCUGCGAUCCGACACAAAUUGGUCUUCGGUAUUUGUCUACUGUUUUCCUGUUGUUGCGUUGCCAAGGCGGCGGUCACGUUCUCGCUGGGCGGGCACUGGACAGCCGUGAACGCCAACAAAUCCAUAAAGAUUUCCUCCAACGUUCCCGGCGGAAUAUACACGGAUCUGAAGAGGAACGGCCUGAUCGGCGAGCCUUACUACGGUUUUAACGACGUGCGAUACGAAUGGGUCGGGAAGGAGAACUGGACAUUUUCAAGACGGUUUGACGUGCCUGAUGACUUGUUCAAACAAGAACGCGUGUCCCUCGUGGCUCACGGUAUCGACACUGUGUGCAGGGUGAAGCUCAACGGCGUCGUCUUAUUCGACGCCGACAACAUGUACGUUCGGUACAUCACCGACGUGAAGGAUGUUCUUCGGAGUGAAGGCAACAUCAUCCGGGUGAGCUGCGAGUCGCCGGUGCAGUACGCCCUCCGCAAGCACGAGGAGCAGGUGCGUUCGUCGUACCCGGUGUACCCGCUGUGUCCACCGUCGGUGCAGAACGGCCAGUGCCACGUCAACUACAUCCGCAAGAUGCCGUGCUCCUUCAGCUGGGACUGGGGACCUUCUUUCCCUUCCACCGGAAUCUGGAAGCCGAUUGAAUUGCAAGGAUAUAAUGGCGCAAUUAUCCGGGACAUAUUGGUACUCCCCAUCGUCAAGAUGACACCGCUAUUAGAGACAAGGAUAAGCGCGAAUCGUAAAAGCAAAUCUUCGAAAUGGAUUCUAAACACGAGUGUGUUUUACGAUUCGUCCCUGAGUGAAACGAGUAACGGCACUGCUUGGAUCAGCCUGGAUGGAACGACCAUUUAUAGCCAGCCAGUGACGCUAAAGACGCAUACAGCACGCGAUGCGAGGCUGGACUUUUCGAUUGUGAUACCUGACGCAAUAAAUAUUGAGCCCUGGUGGCCCUCGGGCUAUGGUGAUCAGAAAUUGUAUAACUUGAAUGUCACAAUCUCCGUCAAUGGGCAAGCAACAGCGAAGAUUGCGAGGUUUGGUUUUCGAACAGUGGAGAUAAACCAAGAGUAUACCGGCACGAGGGCAGGUGGAACAGAAUUUUAUUUUGAGAUCAACGGCGUCGCAAUUUACGCCAAGGGUAGCAACUGGAUACCAGCGGACAGCUUUCCCGAAAGAGCGACAGACGAAUACAUCCGAGACUUACUUCUUUCCACAAAGGAAGCGAACAUGAAUAUGCUUCGUGUCUGGGGCGGCGGCGUGUACGAGACGGACUACUUUUAUGACUUGGCCGACGAACUGGGAAUUCUGAUCUGGCAGGACAUGAUGUUCGCCGUCAGCCUGUAUCCUGUGGGGGCAGAAUUUCUCCAGAACGUGGCCAUUGAAGUACAGCAGCAGGUACGACGUCUCCACCGACACCCAUCGAUCAUCGCCUGGGCGGCCAAUAACGAAAAUGAGCAGGCUAUUGCUUCUGCGUGGUGGCCACAGAUGUUCCUGAGAAUGCCCCAGUACCGGAAGGACUAUCGGAAGCUCUACAUCGAAACCAUGAUGCCCGUCAUUCAGAGGGAAGAUACGUCGCGCCCUUUCCUCUCGUCAAGCCCAAGCAAUGGGAUAAUGACGUCAAAUAGGACCUGGAUAUCUUCAGACCCAAAUAGCAUAUACAACGGCGAUAUGCACUACUACAACUACCUGUCCAAUGCGUGGGAGCCGUCGACGUUCCCGAUCUCGCGGUUCGUGUCUGAACAUGGUCUGCAGUCGUACCCUUCGAGGGACACCCUGCUACCCGUAAUACCGAGCUCCAUGAUCAAGUACCCGUUCAGCGGCCUCCUAAGGCACAGGCAGCAUCAGCGCUUAGGAGACAUAUACGUGAAAUACGGAAUUACGGCACACUUCAAGGUGAAUGGACUCAUUCUGACAAGCAGGAUAAAAGACACAAGCAAAGCUUAUGACAUGAUGUCAUAUCUGAGCCAGAUCAACCAGGCGAUGGGCAUGCGGACCGCUGCCGAGACGCUUCGACGCUGGAGGAGCUUCAUAGGUCCAAAUGGUCAAGGCCACAACAUGGGCUUCCUCUACUGGCAGCUGAACGACAUAUGGCAAGCACCGUCGUGGGCUUCCAUAGAAUACGGUGGCCGGUGGAAGAUGGUGCACUACUUUGCGAAGAAGUUUUUCAGUCCCGUUAUGGUCGUUCCCUACAUCUUCCACGUGACUGGUAAAUUGAGGGUGUUCGCCAUCAACGACAAUCUGGCACCCGUCAACGCGGCAGAGCUCUCAAUUACGCAGUACAAGUGGACCUCGUUCACGCCCGUUGCUACAACUACGAUUAACGUGACGCUGGCUGGGGCCGCGUCGACUGAUGUGUACUCGAAGAAGAUGCAAGAUCUAUGGAAGCAAGAUGUCUGCGACCAUACCAGCUGCUUCCUUUGGUUCUCGCUGACCGACCCUCUCAGCCGAUCCAGGCUGGCACCCGACACGUUCCUGCUUCUGGAAGAACCGAAGAACCUUAGGCUGCAACCAUCUUCGAUAAACGUGACCAACGUCAGCGGGCCUACGUCAUCUUCAUCAAUGCCAGGCUUCAAGGUCUUCGAUGUUCAACUUCAAGCGGACAAUGUUGCCUUGUUUGUGUGGCUAAAUGCCCACAAUGUUAGUGGCCACUUCUCUGACAAUGGAUUCCUACUGAAGGACCCGAAGACUACCGUGCAAUUUUACACCCGCCAGAACGUUACCGCGACUGAGCUUGAACAGAAUCUUACAGUCAAUUCAUUUACGGACUAUUCAAACGUGUAACGCCAGCCUAAGCGUUUAAAAUCUGAGAGCGCAUUUACUUAGUUCGCCGCUGUGCGCACGAUGCACUUAAGUGUUCCUUCGUGUACAGAAGUUAUUACUCAUGGGCACGCAAGUGGAGUUCAAGUUUCUGGUGUGGCUAAUUACUUGGUCAUGUUGUUAACGUGAACUUCGGGAACAUGUAUUUAUGCCUAGGAACGCUAAGUGCUACGUCAACAAAAGUUUUCUCAAGCGCAAUGACUUUGCCUAAUAACAUGAGCAUAUUAAAAAGGUCUUUCAAAUACAUGCCUUCUGUAUUCAAAACUA